UAAGGCUGCCUCUCAUUAGCAUGAAUCGGGGGAAGGGCAUAAAAAGACUCCAGUUCAUUUUGUGUCUGGAAAAACUUUACUUCAAAAUGACAACCAAAGUGUUCUGGCUCCUCUGCUUUGUCAUUAGAUCAUCUUCCAGCUCAGUGGCCGGAUCCCUGCCUUCUGCUGAGAAGCCCAGCCAGGCUCUCGGCAAAGAUGCUUAUAGUUCAGCAGACGCUGCACCUGGCCAAGUCAAACUGCCAGCCUGGGGAACCAGCAGUGCCAGAGAGAACCACACGGAACGCUGGCUUCUGUCUCCCGCCGAUCUGCAGCAGUCAAACCCUCCUGAAAUCAUCUCCCUCUCAUCAGACAAAACGAAACGCACCAAGCCUUCUCUAGAAAACAGCACAGGGCUGAGGAAACACCUCUUGCAGUAUGGAGGGGCCCUGCCUCUGGAGAGCGUGACUGAGGGGCCUUCUCCUGCCUCCUUUGACUUCAGCCACGCAAACAGAAAGCACACGGAUAGACGCCUGGCUGAGGCUGCCAACAGCGUGUCAGCUCACUUCCAUCAUGCAGCAUCUUCCUAUCAAAAGAUGACAUCCUUAGUGGAGGCUUAUCCUUUUCUAGACUCUGGAGCAGUGGAGUCAGAUGAUUCUAACACACUGGAUCACUUCAACCGACCAGGCAAGAUAAUCCUCUAUAAACAUACUGAUCCCUUGAAAAAGAUCACCAAACCCUCCUGGGUCACCAACCGCCAGUCAUCCAGCUUGCCGUACCACUUCAGCACACUAGAGAAAGAUGGUGAUAAGGAGAAGGCAUGUCUGACCGAGUGCAGGAAAGAGAGAGACGAAGUGGAGGCCUACUGCACGAGUGAAUUCGCAGUGAACGGAAUUGUUUAUAACAUGGAGAGACUGGGGAAUGGAGUCCACUUGAUUACGCUUUUGGUAAACAGCGAUGGAUUAUACAAGAUGAGUCGCCUGUAUAUCACUCCUGAUGCCUUCUUCUUUCGAGUUCACAUUCUAGUUGUGGAUACUUUAAACUGCAGUAAACCGUGUCCAGACUUUAAACUUGGCAGCAGAUACAUUGUGAUGGGUUGGAUCUACCACAAGAGACGACAGAUCCCUGCAAACCUGCUGCAGUUCCUGCGAGGGCGCCUGAGGCCAGGGGAUGGCUUGCUUAGGAGCAGCAGCAGCUAUGUGAAGAGAUUCAACAGGAAGAGGAACCACAAAGUGCAAGCGGCUCACACUAAGUGUCGAUAAGACUCCAGUAACCUCUGGCUAGGACAUGGGCAGCAGCAGAAUUCACCUACCAGAAUAAACCUGGGUUAGCAACAGCAGGAGGUAGUUCUCCUUGCCUCUGAAACUGGUUACAACAGGACACUUGCUUUUGCGCUUUAGCAAAUGCGAACAGAGUGUUUCGACUAGGCACCUAUGUAUUACGAAGUUUAGCACAAAGUCAAGGGAACAUUAACUGGUCGUGAAUUUGCUCCAGCUGCUUUCAGAGCCACAGGUUAUUAUUGCCCCCUCUGCUGUAAUGUACCCCUAAUAAUCUGUAGUAAUUGUAAAGUAAAAUUCUGGAGGUGUUGUUCCAGGCACACAAGAAGAAACUGCACUUUCAAACCCUUAACCCUGAAGAAACGUUAGAUGAUACCAUAGCUUUAGCUGUAGAGGAUGUCCUUUGUUUUCACACAAUUCUGCCUGAAGUAUAUACAUGCAAUUUGAUUCAAAAGAACCCAACAAAACUAAGUAUCAUUUGUAUUGUUUUUGAUGUCCUCAAACAUGUCCAUAACACUUGAAGAAAAUUACAUCAUUCUUCAAACAGCUGGAUUUUCACACGAAGCAUACAAAAUAGCUGUGUAAUUAUUUGAGUGUAUGAAUACACUAACUGAAAGCCAAGCACGUAAUGCACCACACAAAUGCCCAAUUAGGCUUACAAAUAAUGGCCCAAGUUCAUGCCAAGGAAUGCAAAAUAAGCACGCAAUUGCACGCACGUUCCAUAUGCCUGGUUACACCAUCAGUUCCUCAAAAGCUCUAGAACUGUGUACUGAAUGUCGCUUUCCCGUGAGAAAUAUUACCAAGUUUGUACUUGCACAUCAGUAAAGUUACUUUUUGA